CGUUCACAGCUGUCGCUGGCAUGCAAGAUAGUUACGCGACUGAUGGUGCCUCUAGUUUUUUUGUGGCUAUAAUAAUUUCAUUUGACGUUUUGAAGUAACUAUAACUGAAGCAACAUGCACAAAGUGAUAAGGCAAAUGACGCAGUUAAGUCUGCAAACGCCACUGCUGGCGUCCGCCCCCACCACCAGUACUGCUAAGCUGUUAGCAGUUACACCUGCGAUCACGCACAGUGGCGACUGCUGCGGCGUGCACACGUCUGCGGUCGGAGGGCUUUGCACCAAAUGGAACAAACACAACUACGGUCCGAGAAGAUGGCUAGAAUAUAACAAGACGGUCCAUCCGCCUCAGGAGGUGGAAGAAGAGCCACGCAAGGCGUAUGUAUGCCACAUGCGCAACAACAUCAAAUACAGUCCGGAUAAGAUGUGGUACAUCGCUGCCUUUGUGCGCGGCAUGUCCGUGGAUGAGGCACUGAAGCAGCUGAACUUUGUGCUCAAAAAGGGCGCCACAGAUGUUAAGGAGACAAUAUUGGAGGCACAACAAAUGGCCGUUGAACGGCACAACGUGGAGUACAAAAGCAAUCUGUGGAUUGCUGAAUCGUUUGUGGGCAAGGGACGUGUAUUUAAAGGAUUACGUCGUCAUGCACGCGGUCGCUUUGGUCGUGUCGAGUACAAGCAUUGUCACUACUUCCUGCGCCUGGAGGAAGGUGAACCCCCGCAGCACUAUUAUCUUCCCGAGCCACAGACACCGCAACAGCAGUACGAGAAAUGGCUAGAGCAGAUGCGCAGUCGAAAGGUCAUCAAUUCCCUGUAAAUGAUAUCCCUCAGUACUGUCCACCACUGUCCACAUUCAUCGCAUUUUGAUGUCAUAUUCAACAACGUUGUUCAAAUAUAUCUUAAAUGAAAAUUAAAAACU